AUGGCUACCUACACCGAAAUGGGUGUUUAUGCCCUUGUUUCUGCGGCGCCUAUAUCAGUUGAGUAUCGCAUUCAAGAUGGUGCCAAUUCUACCAACUCUCGCACCUGGACACAGACCUGCAAGUUCUGCAUCAUUUGCAACAAGGACUUUCACUCCACCAAGGAGCACCCCGAAUGGCUGAAGCGUAAGCGCGCCCGCGAAGAAUCUCAAGCCUCUGGGAAUAGAGGCCGCGGUGGCCGUGGCGGUCGGGGUGGAAAGGGCGGUCGAGGAGGCGGUAAUAUCAAUACCGAAUCCAAGCCCGAGAAGCCUAAGGAGGAGAAGGAUUAA